UUUGAACUUCUUCCAGUUAUUGUUAGUCAAAAGGAGGACUGAAAACUGUAAAGACAGUCAUGUUGCGUAAUGACAUACGUCUGGCACUUAUAAAAGUACUUGUGUAACAAGGACUUGUGUUGCCACUAUUACUUGCCCCGUCUGCAUCAAAUGCAAUACCUUUCACCUAAUCUCUUGAUUUUUUGUCUCUGUAAAUAGGAAAUCUGUUGAAGUUUUGGCUUCAUGUUUGCAGGUAUCUUAUUGGUAUGCCACCGCCAGUUCCUGUAACCGCCUUUCUCUUACUGGUAUGUCACCACUGCUACCUUGACUGAAAACUACAUAUCAUAGCUUUUAGAGGAAGUGAAUUCCAAGCCAGAUAUCUUGAGAUAUCUUGUCAGUAUGUCGGAGGUGGAUCAGGAUAAGUACACUUCACCGAUACCAGUAAUUGGUGUAUAUACAGCAGCGGCAACAUUGGUUUGUUUUCUACUCAUGCUUUAUGAUAUAUCAAUGGGAUUUCAUCGUAAAAGGCCAUGGUUACCUUGUAAGUUUUUCAGAUUAAACUCAUUUACAUUAUCUCUUCUAUCAGUAGCUACUAAGUUACCAGUAGAUCUUACAACCUCGAUGCCUAGAGCUCAAGAUCAAUUAUCUAAGCUAACCAGUACAACAUUUAUAUGCAUUUACAUGGGUUUUGCCAUGCCUUCACUUGGGAUUCAACGGAAUUCCGAAUGUUUAUCAAAUAUGGCUGCACUAACCAUUUUGGUAGUAACGGUUAUAGUCGAUGUUUGUUUACAAAUGUCUACUGGAUUAAUAUUCCUGUUCAGAGUCGAACAUAUCAUUGUCUUAGUUUGUAUGUUGGUAUUACUCUUGGUGCUGUGGUCUUCGGCUUUCGAUAUUAGCCAAGGGAAAGAUUUAGCUGUCGAUCAUAACCGCCUUCUACUAGAAAAGGGUUUAGAAGGAGAACAUGCCCGUUCUAAAACUAUGAUCAAAAGGUUAAAAUGGUGUUACAUCUACAAUUUCAGUUCGAACCCACAGUUCAUUUUGUGUCAGAUUUCACAUUGUGCAAGUAUAGGUGUGGUCUGUUCAAUUUGUUUUCUUAGUGUAUCAGAAGCUGUGUUGAAAAUUCUUGUUCAAGAGGGAUUGAAUUUCAGUACUAACCGGGGAGGAGAAUGCGAUUAUGGGUACUCAGUCUGGAUGGUGGUUGUGAUUCAAAUCUUCACAACUUUACUGGGAAUUUUAGCUGUUGGUUUGAGAUGGAUUACUCUGGUGAGUCACAUGAACUUCAGUAGGUUCUGCAAUUGGAAACAAGCCUUGAAAUGUCCAUCGUAUUGGCUUUAUGAAUCAUGUUUCGGGAAAUUUUAUUCAUUUCCACUGAAGUUCUCAGGAGUGGGUUUUGUCAAUUUUUUCCAAGUUAUUGAAAAUGUUGUAGGAACUACAUUAUAUGUAAUGCAAGGAGGAGUUGUCUGCGCAAAUGAAUCGAUUGUUUUUUCGUGCUUGUUAGUUAAAGAGUUGUUCACAUGGAUAUUGAGGAACUGUGUUAAGUUGUACUCUUUAAGGUUCAUUGCUGUAUCUGCCAAUGUUGUUCCGCAUUUGGAUUCUGACAAAACAAUUGCAGAAGUACAAGAAGUUGUGUACUUGGAUGAUAUUGAGUUGGAGAAAUGGAUAUUAAGUAUGGGGUUGAAAGAUAUGAGGAAAUGGAUUAAAAUGAAUAAGAAGAGUUCUCCUACUGAUCUUAUCGAAAUUUUACACACGGAUUCGUUACGGAAACAAGAAUCUCUUGCACUAGAAAUGGAGAAAAUUGGGUCAAGUUUUUUAAGCUCUUGUCCUUAUGAGUAUAAUCUGUCUUCUCUUUCAGUUGUGAUCCUGAUCAGAAUGGCUUCAAUGGCAUUACCAUCUUCCCUGACCCAAGCACUAGUUCAUACUUUGGAUGAAGCGUUUGAAAUCAUUUGUUUCGUUGACAGGAAGUUGAAUCCGAGAAACUUCAACAACAAAGCCAAAUCAAGUCUCGCAGAAGAUAUUUGGAUGUGCAGAAAUAUUACAAGUCAUUGGUUCCAAAAGAAAUUCAUCAAACCCUCACUAGACAUAUACUACUCCAAUACUUGCAGCACUGUGGUUGAUGGAGAUAAGUCGUCGCAGUCUUCAUCAGAACUUGCAAUUGCAACUGGAAUCAUUCAAGAACUCACACACAACUCUUUCGGGCUCCUAAUCCCAGAGUUCAAAACGAUUUCGGAAAUUGUCAUUCGUGGAGAGUACAAGUCAGCCGAAGAACUCUUGGGAAAAAUUAAGCAAUUGUUUGUUGAUAUGUUGCAUUAUUUUCUAAGUAAACUACCAGAAGCAAUACACAAGGAUGUCAUUGAGAGCCCAAGUGAAGAAUGUGAAGAAAGAGUCAGUCUUUCGCUGAAGUUUCUUUGUAAGCUUGAAUCCUUAGAGGAUAAGAUUGAUUGGCGUUUUCCAAAUGACAGUGAAAUUACUAGAUUGGUAACUGAUAAUUCUCCUCCUCCUACAGCACACAAUGAUGAAACACAAGAUGGCUUAGAAAAGGGAGAGGACACUAGUAUCCCUCCUGCUGAUGGUGAUGUUUCAGGUUUGAUUACCAAUCUUCAGUUCUUGCUCCAAACACCCAAUAUCGCAAAACAAUGGCACACAUUAUUGUCUAAACGGUCGAUACGAAAAUCCAUGAUCAAGUUAAAGAAGGUGUAAAAAGUUGGGGCGGAGCCAUGUAUAAGUAAUUGCCUUCACUAAUCAACUCGCUAUCAAAGCCUAAGAGACUAAGUAGGAUUUGUUGACGAUUGUUUGUGUCCUCUUAUACUACUUGUAUAAAAAUAGAUAAAAUUUGAUCCAUUAUUUUCUGAUCCAAUUUUGUUAAUAUUAGUCUUUAAAAAGUCGACGUUUGGGCAUAUAAAUACAUUGUCUAUUGUAAUAAGAACUCUAAAGAGGAAAAAGAAUUCCUACCUAGUAAUUCUUAACCACAAUUAUCACCAUUCAUCAUCAUCUUUUUCACUGCUUCAAAAAAAAAAAAAAAAAAAUCAUUGUUUUUUACAUUUACGAUAAAACACAGUAAUAAAAUGGCAUUGAAGAGGAACUUGGCAGUAUUAUUGUUUACGUGCUUUUUGCUUCUUGCUGCGGAAGUGCAGUUCAAUCAAGCUGUUGAGCGUUGUUCCGAGGAUUCUCCUGAGUACAAGGAAUGCGUCGAGAGUUGUAUUCAAGAUACGAAGGAUGGUAUGAACGAAGGAGGAUACAAUGAUUGGGCUGAUAAAUACGCUCGAUUUAAAUGCGAAGAUAAUUGAAAACUAUCAUCAUAUGAACAUCCUGAUUACCCCGGGGAUUAAGAAGUCAACGAAGACACUAUUUUUUGCGAUAUUAUUUUGAUCUAUUCAAAAAUCAAUCAUGACAACCAGUUUUUAACAUAUAUCAAAAAGAAGGAAAAAAAUGUAAUAUUAUGAAAUAGCAGUGAAUGAUGAUGAUAUUAGCGAUCUGAAUUUGAAACUCGUCGGUAUCGGAAUGAUGUUAUUUUCUCUUUCUUUUCCUAACUACCUGGGCUUGUAGGUAGUAAACCUCUUCGAGGUUUAAACUUUAAUAUAACCUCGGGGCUUUAUACCCCAUUUCUUAAAAAAAAA